CACACUCCACUGCUUCAACACAUAGAAGAUGGCGUCGCUUGCUCGCAGUGCUGCGCACGUGGCGCGUGUCAAGACCAUGUACCGCAACGUCCUCAAGACCACCAUGGACUGGGCUGUCCACCGGCCGAUCUUCUUCGAGAAGGCUGCCGAAGUCCGGGCUGUCUUUGACUCGCGGAAGGAGGUGACCGACUCGGUCGCCAUCCAGAAGAUGCUUCAGGAGGGCGACGAGUGGCUCUUUGAGCACCAGCAUCCCGAGCCCUACGUCUUCAACGUCAACCCCGGCGGCUCGAAGCACGACCGCAAUGCCCCGCCCGCCCCGGAGCUCUGCGUCGAUCCGUGGGAGAACAAGGCCUAAGCUUGGUCUCGUUUGGCCCGCCCCCUGCCCAGCAUCACACGCUCGCAGGCUGGGCUCAUGCGCCCGGACUGGCGUCGGUGGACGGAGAUCUGAUCCUCCUCCGCUGGCCUCAGGCAGCGCCCCGCACACCCUCCCCCGUACCCACCCGCCCAUCGUUACACAGCCACCCCCGCCCCACCCCCCACUCUCCCUUCACCCCAUUUACGCCAUGGCGUAGAGACGCGCAACAAACACAUUGCGGCC